AGGCAUCAGGCGGCCUCGCGCGGUCACGGCACUCAACACUUCACCCUCUAACACAGUCUCUGACAGAACCUUGCCGUGCUCUCUACCUGCAUUGAAAAAGGCGGGCGCUUAAUCAACGUUGUUGUGUUUUCCGCGGUGACCCUCGUGGGUUUGGCGCCUGCCGUGGUGUCGCAUGAGAGUUCUAUGUCACGAGGAAAGCUGCGAAUGGUUGCCGACGUGUGUGGAGACUGCGGCGCAUCUGGUGAGCCUGCCGCUGCCACGGUCGGCUAGCCCCAGUGGGGUUCCCUGAGCCGAGGCCUGCUGCUGUGUGAUGAGUGCUGCAGUGUGCACCGUAGCCUGGGCCCCCACGUGUCCCGUGUCCGCCACCUGCACAAGGCCGCCUGGGCCCCAGCACAGCUCAGUAUGGUGCACAGCCUGCACACGAGCGGGGCCAAUGCCAUCUGGGAGCACCAGCUGUUGGAGCCAGGCAAGGCAGCUGGACGACGCAAGCCCAGCGCUCGUGACAGCCUUCACCCAGUGAAGUCUGAGUUCAUACGUGCGAAGCACCAGAACCUGGCCUUUGUGCACAGGGCAGCCAAGGAAGGGGAGCAGCCAACACAGGAGGACCUCAGCAAGCAACUGCAUGCGAGUGUGCGUACAGCCAACCUGGAGACCAGCUUACGCCUACUGGCCCAGGGAGCUCUGCCAUCCCACCUGCACCCUGACAAAGGCAGCACGGCACUGCACGUGGCAGCACGGAGCGGCCAGGCAUGCCAGGUGGAGCUCCUGCUGGUGUACGGGGCAGACCCAACUGCGAAGGACUCUCAAGGCAUGACACCUGCAGACUGUGCCAGAGAUGCUGGGCACCUGGACCUUGAGGCACGUCUCAUUGAGAGCCAGUACGAAGUGACCGACAGGCUGGCUCAUCACCUGAGUGGUCGCAACCCAGAGCACCACCUGGGUCAGCACUUCAUCCUGCCUGAGAUGGCUGACUGCCUGGACUUGUCAGCACACGCGCGGGCGGCCAAGCAGAAGCUCCAGUCGUUGCCCGAACGGCUGUUUGUGGAGCUUGCUCGGGACCUUUAUGACGAAGUAGACCGGCGUGAGUGCGAGGCUGUGUGGCUGGGAGCCAACCUGGACCGGCAAGCAGUGCCUUUUCUGCCGGUCAGUCCAGAGCUUUCAUCCACGAGAAAUCAGGCUCGGCAGAAGCUGGCUCGGCUGACGGCUCGGGAAUUUGCCACCUUGCUCAUUGACGUGCUGUCAGAGGCCAAGCGACGACACGUGGGGACCAAGCAGCCUGUCUUGGAGGACCAGAGGCUGAGUGAUGAUGAACCUCUGUAUGACAGUGUUGCAUCCGAUGAAGACAACAACAUUAGCAGGCAGCUGUGGCAGCGCAUGAACGAGCUGCAGCGGGAGCAUGCGUCGAUGCGGCUUGAUUUGGAGGCCAUGCAGGCCACCCUGGUGCAGGCCCGUCACUCAAACCGAGGUGCGCCAUCUCCUCAGGCACAACGCAGCCCGAGGCCUCAGUCGAUGUGUGAAUGGCGCCACCUGGCAGGAGCCACUCCGAGGACAGGUGUUCAUGAAAUUCGAAGUCGACAUGGAGCAGCCAGUCCUUCAUGUGGCGAACACGAAGACAUUGGAACAUUCAGUUCUCUGCCCACGUACCAGGAGGUGCUGGCUCAGACAGAGCACAUCACACGAUGCAUCCACAAGUUGCUAGCAUGUGCACAGGAUGGAAACCGAGAUGCCUUUCUGCCUUGCACACAGAACAUUUUGCAGGCAGUGCUGGGCAUGAGCUCUCUGUUUGGUGGGCAGACCACAGGUGCAGUCAAUGCUGCCCUCGCUCGCCUGGUGGGCAAUGCUCAUCAGCUGCAGUGCUGGGCAACCAGUGGCCUCGACGGAGGCCAGCUCAUCCAGGGGGCCUAUGAGGUGGCCAAGGGGGCCAAGGAGCUCGUCCAGGCAUAUCCGGCCUCCUCACUGGCUGCUUGUGCUCAAUAAAGUUUUCUUGUUAGAAGAGUUUUAAAAAACUCUUCAUGCUACGGUUGUCUGUUUUGAACAUAUUUGGACAAGACGUAUUAAAACGAAACUGUGGCACA